AUCAAUAAGUAGAAAAGGUUUCGUCACGGUACGAGUUCAUUGUAAAACUUUUUGAUCUCGUGGUCGUGAUAUUUUUAGUGUGCUAGCAGGGAUGGUGUGUUUUGUGUAAGUGACACUGGAAACUUAGAAAUGAUAAUGAAACGUUUAAUACAUUGGAAUUAAAAGCAAAGUCCAAAACACUAUAAACAGACGAAUCUCGCUUUCAUUAUACGUAUUGGUGCAGUCAGAAAUGUCAGAUGCAUGAAUGAUUGCAGGACCUUGGACUUUUAAUUCUUUAAUUGUGUACAGUAAAAAAAAAGUAUCUGUACUACGCUCAGCGUAAACAGCUGAUCUCCUCGUGUUCGUAAUUUCUGUAUAAAAAUGUUACAAAACAUUACACGCGUCUACAAAUAAUUGUAAUAUAAACAACCUUUGAUACUUGUUAGAAAAAUACAGUUUAAUAAAACAUGAGUUCUGUUUGGAAACGUCUGCAGCGGGUAAACAAGAGAGCUGCCAAAUUUCAAUUCACUGUGUCAUAUCAUGAAGUCACUUUAGAAACAACAACGAAAUGGAAACCAAACAAAUUAAGUGUUGUGUGGACGAGACGUAGUAGAAGAGUAACUUCAGAACCUUUAGAUUGGGAACCAAACUUAAGUGACCCAUUGAAAGGUGUCAUUAGUUGGGCUGUUCCCGAUAAUCAUACAGUUUCUGUAACUUUGUUCAAAGAUCCAAGAACUCAUGAAUUAGAAGAUAAAGAUUGGACAUUUGUAAUUGAAGAUGUGUCUUCUACAGGUAAAAGGCGGCAUGUGGCUGCCACAAAUAUAAAUAUGAAAAAAUAUGCAACUUUAGAAUCUAGUCAACAACAACUUAAAUUAGACUUGAAACCAACUUCAAAAAAGAUUGUUAGCGCUUCAUUAGAAUGUACUUUAUCUUGUGUUUUCUUGAGAGAAGGAAAAGCAACAGAUGAAGAUAUGCAGAGUAUGGCUAGCUUAAUGUCAGUUAACAAUAAUAGUGAUAUAGCACCUUUAGAUGAUUUUGAUAAUGAAGAUAUACCUGAGGAUGUUGAAGAAGUAUCUGUAAAAAAUCUUGAUGAAAUCCUAGAUAUUUCUGCACAACUCGAUUUAAUGACAAGUAGUCUUACAGAAAGUGAAUUGCCUAGCACUCCUAUAAGUGUGGCAAGCUUAUCAAAGGACAAUACUACACCUGUAAACGAUAAUGACUACUUCAUUAGUGAUGUUAGUCUAAUAGGCAUUAUUAAAGACAAAUCAUCUUUGAAAGACACUGUUGCUGUUGAAAAUGAUAAAAACAUUGAACACAGUACAUUAAGAUUACCAUUGCAACCACUGGAACUAACAAGGAAUGAUACUGCUAUUCCUAGAUUAAAAGAAAUUACGCCAGGCCAGGAUUUAUUGGAAUGGUGUAAGGAUGUAACUAAAGAUUAUUCUGGUGUAAAAGUUACUAAUCUUACAACAUCUUGGAGAAACGGAAUGGCAUUUUGUGCAAUCAUACAUCAUUUUAGACCAGAUCUAAUAGAUAUAGAUUCGUUACUAUCACAUGAUGUAAAAGGUAACUGUAAGAAAGCAUUUGACGCUGGAGAAGCCCUUGGUAUACCUAGAGUUAUAGAACCAGCAGAUAUGGAUAUAUUAACUGUACCUGACAAGUUAGCUGUGAUGACAUAUUUAUAUCAGCUAAGAGCACAUUUCACUGGCCAUGAAUUAGAGGUACAUCAAAUAGGUAAAACUACAGAUGAAUCUUCGUAUAUGAUUGGUAGAUUUAAUACAGACAAUAAUUCGGACGUGAAUGUACAGUUGUUUAGCCAAGAAAUAAUUAAUUUGCAUAAAAAAGAUCAAAUGGAACAUAAAAGUAAUAAAAUGGAUAACAAUAGACGAUUGAAUCCCUUUGAUAAUAAAAAGGAGGAUGCCAAUAUGGAUUCAUUAAAAAAUAGAUUACAUUUGAAUUUAAAUACUGAUAAUCAGGAUUACGAUCAAUGCAAUAAGGAUAAAUCACCAUCUAGUGUUAAAGAUGUAAAAGACAUGAUAUUAGCUAGCUCAAAAAGUAUUCUAGAAAAGGUGUUAUCUCCAACUAAAGAAAAAUAUUUAUCUAAAGAAAAGAACAAAUCACCUCCAAGAGUACCACAAGUACAGCAACGUCCAAUAUUAAUGACUCGUCGACAAUUAACAGAUCCUUUUGGAUCGGAUGAGGAAGAGGAAAAUAUGCAAAUAGUCGAUGAAAAGUGGUCUCAAUCAGUUUCAGUUAACAAAUUACAGUCGCCUAUUCGAGAUGAUGCAACUGACAGGGGAAGUCGUGAUAGUACUGAAUAUCAGAGUGUAUCCUCACCUCACAGAGAGCAACGUUUUCAACAUCCAUUAGUCAGUCGGCAUGAUGAGUUAAGAGAACGUGCAAGGCAACUCUUAGAACAGGCCAGGAAUCAGACAAAAUCAGCUGAUUUUGUUUCUACCACCGCUAGUUCCAUCGAGGGUCAAAACGAUGAAGAAAGACAACAGCAGUUACGUGAGAGAGCAAGACGUUUAAUAGCAGAAGUAAAAAUGGGCGUUAAUGUUUCAUCAAAUCAAUUGAAUGAUGACAAUAACAGUGAUAGACGAUCGGUAGACGAUCAAAAUAACAGUCCAAGACGAAGCAUUACGCCAUCCACUCCUGGUGAUAGAUUUAGUACAAAGUCUGAGUACAACGGUAAUAUACUGGGAACUCCGGGUGUAAUAGAUGGUGACAAAAAGACUGGGUCUCCCUUAUACUCAUUUUCUAAAAUAAUAGAAAGAAUUUCACCAGACAAAACGAGUCCUGAUGGUACAUCAUAUACACUCAGAGGAUUGGGGAAGGAUAUGACAUCGUACAUUCAAAAUGAAUUAGAAGCAUUAGAAAGGGAGCAAACUCAAAUAGAUAUUCAAGCGGGUAAACUUGAAAAACAACUUCGCGCUGCAAUGGAAAGUGACAAUGAAGAAGAAACUGAAAGACUGAUGUCUCUGUGGUUCACUCUUGUGAACAAAAAGAAUGCGCUUUUAAGAAGACAAAUGCAAUUAAAUAUAUUAGAAAAAGAAGAUGACUUAGAACGUCGAUUUGAACUUUUAAAUCGUGAAUUAAGAAGUAUACUUGCAGUAGAAGAUUCAAGAAAGACGUCUGAACAAAAAAUGCGUGAAAAUUUACUUUUGGAAGAACUAGUUUCUAUUGUAAACAAAAGAGACGAACUAGUUCAUCAUCUUGAUACACAAGAAAGAGCUAUUGAGGAUGAUGACGAAAUAGAACGUGAUUUAUCUAGAGCUGGUUUAGCUCAACGAAAUAAAAAUUGCGUAGUACAAUGAAAACUUAAUUAUACCCUUGUUGUAACAGUAAACAACAGGUAUAUUUUAUCCUGAAUUUAAAUUCGACAUUUCACGAAGAUGAAAUGAGGAAAAUAUUUCCUUAAAUUAGCAAUUGCAGGUGUGGUCUAUUUUGCUGUGGAGUUGCCAAAGAAAAUAAAAAAUUUUUCAUGACGGUAAAACCAAGGAUUUCAUAAUCUGAAAGACAGUAAUAUUUAGAAACUUAUUUUUUACAAUGAAUUAUAUACCACUUAUAUAAUCAGUGUUUCAUAUUUAUAUAAAUUCAUUAUUAAGUAUGCAUCGACAUGCAACUAUUUCACAUAGUAGAAUCAAAUUUAAAUUGAGAACCGCCCUGUUGAAACAACCCCUGAAUAAAUGAAAUCUGUUAUGGUAUUAGGAACUUUAAAAAAUCUCACAUUUGGUUUGAAAAAGGCUAAUUUUCAUUUUAUAGAAAUAUAUUCAUACAUGUUCGAAUCAUUUCACAGAAAAAGGAAUAGUAAAACAGGACAGUAUUAAUUCCAUAUAAUUAUACCGCUUGCUUCAGGUUAUAGAAAGUUAUAAAUACUAUUUUGCGGUUAUUUCUGUAGCUCGUUUCUCGUUUUGCUGAUGUAAUCAAGAAAUGAUAAUUGAGUGGAUUGCAAAAGUUUAUGCAUUUAUUAUUAUUUAUAAAAUGCAGUAAAAUAAAAAUGGUUAUGAAGUCCAAUAUUGUUUGAAUGUUAAAAUGAACAUGAUAAAAUUUCGAUAAAAUAAAAUUUUAUCUAUUUUUUGUAUAAAGUAGUAUUUAUAAUCGCGAAUUUGCAUAAACAUACGCAGUCUAGUGAUGAGCGAGCGAAGACUAACAAUAGCCCCACGAUAUGAUGCAAACGGCAAUAUUUUUGGGAAGAAGACAACAAAUCAUAUUCACAAAGCGCGAAUACUGUAUAUUAUUAUGAAAGCUUUCUAAUUCUUACAUGGUGCUAAAAUAUGCGUACAAUAAUAUUUGAAAAAAACCAUAGAAAUUGUAAAAUAAUGUAAAAAAGGUCAUUUUCGUUAUUUCCUUGAAAAUAUUAUCGUAAAUUAGAGAAAAAUUACGAUAUUCGUACUGUUACGACUGGGCGUAGAUAUUCGAGACAUCUUUGUUGUUUUACACUUAUUUACACUUUGUUACGUAAGCGUUACGUACAAUUUGACUAAAUUAUUUUAUAACUGUUCUAUAAUGAAACGUUUCAGAUCUCGGCAACUCUCCGAGGACAACCGAUUUUUGUUUACGUUGCAACAAAAUAUCCCUUAACAAUUGUCAAAAAAUGGUUAAAAUUAAUUAUGUACAAUUUAAAGAGGAGGGGAAUUUUUUCUUUUUUCUUUAUUUUAAAAAAAUUAAAUCUAAAAUCCAGAAAGAAAUGUAUUUUCCUCAAAGAAGUUGGGGUUGAUCUUACUACAUCUUAAGACUACCUCUAAGGACGUACGUCCCUAUUUCAUCAGAAGAUCGUUCGAGUAAUUUGACUCAGCCUUUUUGUCGUAUGGCUUCUCAUUGCUGUUUCGUCAGUCUUGAUACUAACAAAUUAUUUCGCUCGCUCAGUCACAUCAAUCAUGAUCAGAUAUAGGUAUAGCGCAUUGAUGGAGAGUUGGCACUUGGAAAGAAUGCAGGUCAGAGUGGAAUACAAUACAAUCAUACGUAAACAAAAUAUAGCAAAAUACGUCUCUUGGCCUUGUACUGUCAUAGAUGCCAACUCUCUGUCAACGCAUAGUACCCAAUGUUGAUACGACAUACUCUUCUUUUAUUAUAUAUGUUAUACUCAAACUGCUCCAGUAAGCGGUAUGUAACUAGUUUUUGAAGUUUAAAUUACUAUCUGAUGUUGUGUACACUACACUACUAUUUUCCAAUGUCAGGUCAUUGAAUUCAUCCCCAGUCAGGUGACUGAUACGUGUCAGUUCUGUUGUCUUCGAUACUUCAUUGGCUCCUUCUUACAUGACAUACUUAUUUGAUCAACUGUUUCUAAUAGGUAUUCCAACAUACAUUCGGUGCUAUAUCACUUCUGCAAUUUUUUUAACAUCAUUCAUUAUAUUUAUUGCAUCAUAAACACGUAUAAAUUAGAGCCACUCAAAAGAAUUCAUGUUUCGCUUCCCGAAAAAAGACAAAUUUUGAUAAAGCAAUAUUGGUAUUCCAUAAAAUUCGAUACCGAAUUAUAUCAAGGGCAGUUUUCAUUUUCAUUUGUGCAUAUCGCGAAUUAUAUUUAUUUUAUUUGUGCCAUAUAUGUAUGUAUAUUCUAAUUGUUUUGUAACCGUUAUAUUAUACUCAUUUACGCUAUUGUAAAAUAUUUGCCAUUCUAGGAGAUAUCAUAUUAUACAAUUUUUCCUAAAUAUAUUAUUUAUUAUUCAGUUGAAUGCCAGAUGCCAAGUGAGGCCUAAAAAAUUCUGUAUAUUCUUAGAUCCACGGAUAAAUUUAUCACAUGUUUCACUUUAUAAUAGUAAAAUGCAAAAUCGUAUAACAAUUCACACGUAAAAAGAUAAUUUGUUUUUUUGGGGAAGAUCAUGUUCCCUUAAAAUUUGUGAAAAGCAAUUAUUGCAGAAAUGAUGUAAACGUAAAUGAUGAAAAUUAUCGGAAAUUUUGUAAAAAAGCAUGUGAGAAUAUUCACACGCUUUUACUCUGUUUUUCUGCCUCGCUUGCUCGCUCGGAAGUUACAGUUGUAGUAAUUUCUCAAUAUAUUUAUACCAGCUUCAGAAAGGGAAGGAACAUUUUAAUAAUAUAAGAUUUUAUGAAAUGGGCUUGUCAAGAGACACAUAAGCUUAAGUUAAACUUUAUCUUUCCUCUAAUAAACUUCUAUUAACUUCUGCAUCAUAUGAAUUGUAUUGUUUCAUACAUUUUAGAUAUUUUAUUCUGUGCUUUUAUUGAAAUGACAUUUCAAUAAGAUGAAUGGUUAAAAUGUGGAUAUGACUGUAACUCAAGAUUAAGGAUGAACUGUGAAGUUUAAAAUUUGCACAUUUCUUCAUGUAAUAUAGUACAUUAAUUUGCCUUUAUCUGAUGUAAAUGCACCUGUAAAACUAUUAAUACAAUAUCAUAAGAGGAGAAACAUAUUAAUCAACGUUUUUAAAAAAUCGAAAUUUAUCUUUUAACAAUUUUCUGUUUGCAAUAUAACGCAAAUAUUUUUAAACAUAAAAAUGAAAAAAAAAAAUGUUUCGUUUAUCAUAGUCGAACUUUGAAGUGAUGUAAUAUAGUAGAAGUAGCGCAGGCAUAUCAUACUGAUAAUAACUGCCAUAACUGAUCAUUAAGGAUAUAUUGAAAGGACACUUUCACCAGAUGAUGGAGCAUUAAGAAGUAUAUAUCCUUUGCUUCCUACAGGUUUAGUUUUAAAGGAUUUGCAAUCUUGUUCUUGUUUGUAACAUGUUAAAUAAAAAAUGUAAAUUUGAUUUUAAUUGUAGCAUUGAAAAGGGAUAACGAAGGAAGUUUCAGAUAAUUAAAAAUAAUUGUUAUACUUUAUAAUCUCAAUACAUAUUUAUAUACUUGGGUAGGUUGUGUUACUGAACAUAUUACAUUUUAUAUUUAUUUAAUAAAAUGUAGACUCUCCAGCGUUUUCGUAGAAUGAAAAAUGAAGUACUCAAGUUUGGAACAUGAUCGUUUAAAAUUAUUAAGUUGCAUUAUAGUUUAGUCGUAUUACGUUUAAUCCUUUUCUCAUUACCAUUAUCUUCCUUAAUAUUCACCGGUAACACACGAAUAUUGUAAAUGAAGAUAUGAAUUUUUACGAUUAAUUUAGCAAUAAUUGGUCAUGUUAGUGCCUAUGUAUAUAUAUAUACAUACAUGCAUACAUACAUACAUACAUACAUACAUACAUACAUACAUACAUACAUACAUACAUACAUACAUACAUACA